CGAGAUGGGAGAUCCAACAACUUCGACGCCUAAUAAAUUUUAAAGGAGCCACCUUUGCAAAAAUUAAAGAUCUUCUUGUUCUUCUAGUUCCGCUAGAGAGAGAAAGAAGAGAGAGAGAGAGAGAAGAGAGAGAGUGAUGGAGGGCAGCGUUCCGUUCUGGCAACCACUGUCCCUCUCCUUUCUCUUGGGCUGGCUCUUCUCCUCUUCUCUACUGAAUCUGACUCGAAGAUUUAGAUCCCUAACCCAACCUUGGAUCACCAAAAGGGUUCAACUUGAUACCCCUUUCCUCCUCAAGAUUCAGAGAAAUCACAACGGGUUCCUGGAUGCGUUCUUCUCUGUGCUAUCCUGCGCCGUGUCCGCUCCGUUCUACAUAGGAUUUCUUCCCGUUCUGUUCUGGAGUGGACAUAGCAAAUUGGCAAGACAAGCGACUAUCCUGUUGGCAUUCUGCGACUAUGCUGGAAAUGCAAUGAAGGAUUUGGUAUCGGCACCAAGACCCAGUUGCCCUUCUUUGAGGAGAGUUACCGCGACCGAUGAUGAGAAAGAGAACGCCAUGGAGUAUGGACUUCCUUCGUCGCAUGCCCUCAACACCGUGUGCUUAUCAGGAUACUUGCUGUAUUAUUUUCUGACAUGCGGGGCUGAAAGAGACAACAUCACAAUUUUGGUUGGGUUUGUACUAGUAUUCACAAAGGUUAUGCUGAUUGCAAUAGCAAGGAUGUACUUGGGUAUGCACAGCUUGCUUGAUGUUAUGGCCGGAAUCAGCUUUGGGGUUGUUAUACUUGCCUUUUGGAUCAAAGUCCAUGGAUAUGUUGACGAUUUUGUCAUAAAUGGACAGAAUGGUAAGUAUCAAUUUCAAUCGGGAAAUUUAGUUGGGGGACUUAUAUGUCUAGGGCCUGUUUGGUUGAUGUUUUUGGCCCGAGUGUUAGGCAGAAAGCCUGCUAAAAGAGUACUUUUGGCAGGUUUUCUGCCCAACACCCGAAGCUCAUCGUGCUACAUUCCAUCUCUCAAGAGCAAGGCCGACAACAAUAAGCAUUUGGGUUACCUUCACAAGCUUUUCUCUCUGUUUGAUCGUAAGGAGUAUGAUAUUGAUACCGGAAUCAGGUUUAUUCAGUAUGCAGGACUUGGAUGGUCCGUCGUCGACUUGGUUCCUUCGCUCUUCUCUUAUCUCAGCUUGUAGAGGGUUGAUAUGCCCCCAUUCUAUUCGUUGAGAUAUUUGUAUAUUAUUCUUUUUUGGUUUCUUAAGCGUGGGAAAUGAAAUAUUGUUCCUUGUACAUUUUUCUUCUUGCGUCUCAAUGCAAUUCUGAUGAAUGGUAUGUUCUCCAGUUA